CAGACGGCAGCAGGGAUGGCGCAGCUAGCAGCUCCCCGCGGCGGCGCGGCGGCCGGCGUGCUCCUGGCGGCGCUUCUGGCGGCGCCCUUCGCCCUCGCCUCCUCGGCCGCGACCGGCGCCCAGCUGCCCCGCGCUCCCAAGUGCAUCUUGACUGGAAAGUGGACGAACGAGCUGAACUCGAACAUGACCAUCUUCCCGGUGAAUCUGAGUAGCGGCAUGUUCACGGGCAGCUACCUGACCGCGGUGACAAGCAGCAACCGGCGCAUCCGAAAGUCCCCCAUGCAUGGAAGCCAGCAGCUGCUGAAAGGGAACGGGCGGUUCCAGCCCACCUUCGGUUUCACGGUGAAGUGGGAAUUUACAGAGUCCAUCACGGUCUUCGUGGGGCAGUGCUUCCUGGACGAGGACGGCAGGGAGACACUGGAGACCAUGUGGCUGCUGCGGAGCAAAGGGGAAAGCCACGGCGACAACUGGAAGCAGACCCUGGUUGGCACAAACACCUUCAGGCGCCUGCCGUGAGAGGAGCCCGGAUACGGCCUGCAGCGCUCCCAGCUCUCCUGCUCGCUCGCGACCCGCUCCAAGAG